AUCGAUCGUCUCCGUGUGGCGUCGCGGUGCGUAGCGUCGUUCCUGUCCGCCGUCGUCGUUCGGUCGUCGUCGUCAUCGUCAUCGUCGACUUGCGUUUUCUUCUGUUCCACAAAUCGCGCGGGGCUUCGCAGUCCUGUUCAGAUCCUUCAAGAUGGUGAAGAUGGAGCAUGAUGAUGGCAAAAAUGAACCGGAACAUGUGAGAAAGUUGUUCAUCGGCGGCUUGGAUUAUAGAACGACAGACGAUUCACUCAAGAAGCACUUUGAGCAAUGGGGAGAGAUCGUCGACGUGGUAGUCAUGAAGGAUCCCAAAACAAAGCGCUCAAGGGGUUUUGGUUUUAUCACCUAUUCUCGUGCUCACAUGGUGGAUGAUGCUCAGAAUGCUAGGCCUCACAGAGUAGAUGGCAGAGUGGUCGAGCCUAAAAGAGCGGUUCCUAGGCAGGAAAUAGGCCGGCCAGAAGCCGGAGCUACUGUAAAGAAGCUCUUUGUAGGUGGCUUGAAGGAUGAUCAUGAGGAGGAAGAUCUGAGGCAGUAUUUUCAGAGCUAUGGCAGCAUAAACUCAAUUAGCAUUGUGACCGAUAAGGAGACUGGCAAGAAACGUGGCUUCGGUUUUGUCGAAUUCGACGAUUAUGAUCCCGUCGACAAAAUCUGCCUGCAGCGUAAUCAUCAGAUCCGCGGCAAGCACGUUGACGUCAAAAAGGCAUUAAGUAGAGCGGAAAUGGCGUCUGCUUCCGGAGGUGGCGGUGGUGGUGGCGGCGGAAGCCGCGGUGGUCAAGGUGUAGGCAGAGGACCCCGUGGUAGCAACCAGGGCGGCGGUAGCUGGGGAGGGCGCGGCAGUGGUGGCGGCGGUGGUGACUGGAACAACGGUGGUAAUCAGGGUGGAUAUGGUGGAGGUAAUCAAGGAGGUUGGGGGGGUAAUGGACCGUGGGAGAACCAGAAUCAAGGUAAAGGUGGAGGCUGGAAUCAAGGCGGACAGGGCGGCUACAACAGCGGCGGUAACUGGAGCAAUGACAACUUCGGUGGUGGUUAUCAGCAGGGUUACGGGGGCGGCCCAGUGCGCAACAACUUCAACUCAGGCGGCAGGCCAGCUCCAUACGGUAUUAAUUCGGGUCCUAGCGGACGUCAGUCCGGGGAUUCAAGAUGGUUACCGCCCUUCAGCGGACAAGGUCCUAUGGGUGGCGGCAAUUCCGGCGGCGGUGGCGGAUAUGGUAACCAAGGUGGUUACGGCGGCAACCUCGGAGGUGGAAAUAUGGGUGGCGGUGGUGGUGGUGGCGGCGGUGGUGGAAGGAGAUAUUAAGAAACCAUUGAGCAUAUCGCUGACUUUUCUCGCUGGUGAAGCUACUACUCCUACUACUACUACUACUUGUCUUCUAGUCGCCAGUACUUCUGUACUGUUUAGUAUUGGAGCAGGCAGGCAGGCUAUCAGGCUAGAGAGACAAGACAACGAACAGGCAGAAACUCAGAAA